GGGCGGUGCAGGCCGAGGGGCGGCCCCGGGGAGGGGCGAGGCCCCGCCGCGGAUCGGCAGCCGAGGCGGAGCCAGCUGCCCGCCCGCUAUGUGGCGGCGCCGGGACGGCCGACGGGGCUCAGGGAGCAGACGGAGGUAUCAGGAGUUGAAAUGACAUAGAAAACUGUUACAAGCUCUGACUACAAAAUGAGCCUCUUCCACUUGAUGCUGAAAGGAGGAACUGGGUUUGAUUUAUUUAAAUACUGGUAAACUGAAAUGUCAAGAAUGAUGAUCGACUCUGACACGUUACAAGAAAAACACUUACAAGGCAACUAAAUAAAGACUAUGCAAAAGAUGACAUCUACAUUUUUGCUUAUUGGUCAUCUAAUUCUACUGAUACCUUUGUUCAGUGCUGAAGAGUGCAUUAUUUGUGAUUACUUUGUGCUUGUCGGAGAGCCUACAGCUAUCAGUUGCCCAAUAAUAACAUUGCCAGCUCUUCACUCUGAUUACAAUGUGACAUGGUAUAAAAAUGGUAGUAAUACACCCGUAACCACAGAGAGACACGCCAGGAUCCAUGUGCGAAAGGGUUUGCUUUGGUUCAUUCCUGCAACGCUGGAAGAUUCUGGACUUUAUGAAUGUGAAGUAAGGGGUCUUAAUCGCUCUAGCCAGAAAACUAUAAAUUUAAAGGUUUUUAAGAAUGAUAAUGGCUUGUGUUUUAAUGGAAAAAUGAAGUAUGACCAAGUGGUGAACAGCGCAAAUAUUGGAAAUAUUAUAUGCCCUGAUCUAGAGAAUUUUAAAGAUGAAGACAAUGUUAAGCCUGAAGUACACUGGUAUAAGGAGUGUAAGCCCGGAUUUCUAGAAGACAAGCGAUUUGUGUUGGCUGAGGGUGAAAAUGCUGUCCUGAUUCACAACGUAUCUGUACAAGACAAAGGAAACUACACUUGCCAUAUGGUGUAUACAUACAUGGGAAAACAAUACAAUGUUUCACGAACCAUGAGUCUAGUGGUUAAAGAAAGCCCACUGCAGAUGAGACCAGAGUUUAUUUAUCCAAGGAACAACACAAUUGAAGUGGAGCUUGGCUCUCAUGUAGUCAUGGAAUGCAAUGUAUCCUCUGGCAUAAAUGGCUUGAUUCCAUACUGGGAAGUUAACAAUGAAUAUGUUGAUGACUUUGAUAGCACCUACAGGGAACAGUUUUAUGAAAAGGGGAUGCCUCAUGGAAUUACUGUUGCUGGAACAAAAUUUAACAUUUCAAAAGUGAAACUAAAGGAUUAUGCCUAUAAAUUUUUCUGUCAUUUCAUAUAUGAGUCUCAACAAUUUACAUCAUACAUCAAAUUGGAACGUCCAGCUCAGAACAUCCAGGGUUACUUGAUUGGAGGAGGGGUUUCUUUGGUAUUUUUAGUAUUUGUUACACUCGUUAUCUACAAGAUCUUCAAAAUUGAUAUCGUGCUUUGGUAUCGGAACUCCUGCCAUCCUUUCGUGGGUGAAAAAGCUUCAGAUGGGAAGAUCUAUGAUGCCUACGUUCUGUAUCCAAAGAACAGAGAGAGCUGCUUGUACUCAUCAGAUAUUUUUGCGCUGAAGAUACUGCCAGAGGUCUUAGAAAGACAGUGUGGAUAUAACCUCUUUAUAUUUGGGAGGAAUGAUUUAGCAGGAGAAGCUGUGAUCAGUAUUGCAGAUGAAAAAAUCCGUCAAAGUAGAAGAGUGAUAGUUAUUUUAGUACCAGAACCAUCAUGUUACAGUAUUCUAGAAGACGCGUCUGAAAAGCAUCUAGCCAUGUAUAAUGCUCUUAUCCAGGAUGGUAUUAAAGUAAUUCUGAUUGAACUUGAAAAAAUACAAGAUUAUACUAAUAUGCCAGAAUCCAUCAAAUAUAUUAAGCAAAAGUAUGGGGCUAUCCGAUGGAAAGGUGACUUCUCUGAAAGGUCUCAUUCAGCAAGUACCAGGUUCUGGAAAAAAGUACGUUACCACAUGCCGUCCAGAAAACGUGGAUCUUCAUCAGGAUUUCACUUGUUGCCAUAAAAUACCAAUUCUUCCUAAAUAACAG